AUGGGUAAGGUAGAUGAAUCUAGCCCAAGAUUUGACGAAAUUGUAAGAACGGUGAGUAGCCAAGCGGCAUGUGGGUACAAACCAGAUUCCGCAAGGAAAGUAGUCUAUGAUUCCCAACUUAGAAACGAUCACGCUCAAGCGGCGAAGGAAGUAGUCAUGAAAAGAAUAAUUAAGAGCGGAUCGAUAGGAAAUGAAGGAAGAUUAGACCACCUGUACGGGAUCAACGAGAUCCUGUCAAAGGAUCUAUCACCAGUUAGGGUAAUAAGAAUAGAUAAGAGAAGGUCGAAUCAAUCAGUAAAUAGAAACAGCAGCCAAGAAGGUCACAGGGUCAUAAGAAGAGGAAUGAGUGAUAAUGUGACCGGAAUGAGCUACAACAGUAAUUUGAAGCUGGUGAGGCAAAGUAGCCAAAGUUCAAACAAAAGCCGCAAGGAAUCCAAUAGGCCAAUUUACGGGCACGUGUAUUUGAACAUUUACGACCUGGAAAACGUGAAUAAAUUUGUUAACAUAAUCGCAAAUACUAUUGGGGCGGCAGCCUAUCACGCAGGGGUAGAGAUAUAUGGAUGUGAAUACAACUUCGGGUACACAUCGUCUGGGGGAACCGGAGUGAUGCAAUCGUUCCCGAGGCACCACGCAUCGCACGUUUAUCGCAAGUCGCUGGACCUGGGAAGGACGAGGUUCAGCCCUGAGGAAGUGAAGCAAAUAGUAGAAAGCCUAAAAAAGGAUUGGCCAGGCAAACAGUACAACAUCUUGAAGAGGAAUUGCCUAAAUUUCGCAGACGAGCUGUGCGUGCGACUGGAAGUCGGAAAGAUCCCAGAGUGGGUAAUGGGCCUCCAGAACAAGAUUAACUGGACGCGCAAGAGCCUGAACAAGGGAGCAGCUAAGCUCAAGGUAAGUCAAAGCUUCUAA